UCGCAUUCAUAUUGAUCUUCAUUUGGAGACUUCCUGGUCCAGGCAUCAACAUUCUUUCAGUGUCGUCCUGAGACUCUUCGGGAAUUACACUAAUGGAAGAGGAAGAUCACCAUCAUCACCAAGACCGAACAUCAGAAGACUGUGAGUAUUUGCGGGGAUGGAGAUGAUAAGACGCAGAGUCUGUGGAGAGACGCGCGUCACUGCUGGAAUGCGCCACGGAGAGCAUGUGAGCUUCGCUCUUGGAGAGGUCAGAAGAUCCUCAGAAGUUCAUAUAUCAUGAAAUAAUCCAAAGUCCACGAGAAGAAUUCUUUCCUCCGGUGUAGACGACUCAUCUUUCAUCAUGGUUUCACCGCCCUUCUCCAGCUCCAGCGACAACACCGCUACAAAUGAAACGGUUCCUCUGUGCUUCUCCAUCAACAGCCCUCCGUUCAGAUACAACCACACCAUCGCCUCGGCGUCCUUCUCCGCCGUGUUUAGCGGACUCGGCCUCAGCUCCAACCUCUUCGCUUUGGUGGUGCUGGCCAAGACGUUCCAUCAAACCAAGAGCCGCUCGCGUUCCUCCUUCCUGCUCUUCCUCGGCGGUCUGGUGUUCACCGACUUCAUGGGGCUGAUGGUCACGGGGUCCAUCGUGGUUUCCUUCCACGUCACGCAAUUUAACUGGCGCCAACUGGACCCUCACUGCCACUUCUGCAACUUCAUGGGAAUGUCCAUGGUCUUUUACGGACUCUGCCCGUUGCUGUUGGGAGCCACCAUGGCUGUCGAGAGGUUCGUUGGCAUCAACCGACCUUUCUCUCGAUCCAUGAACAUGUCCAAUAGCAGAGCGUGCUCAGUGGUGGCCAUGGUGUGGGUCACGGCCGGAUGUAUCAGUCUGCUGCCCCUAGCCGGGCUUGGAAACUAUCAUCUACAGAUGCCCGGCUCGUGGUGUUUCCUCAACAUCAGCUCCAAACCGCUGGACAUGACGUUCAGUCUGAUCUUCUCUCUGGUGGGCCUGCUGUCGCUGGUCGUGUCGUUCGUGCUCAACACGGUGAGCGUGAUCACGCUGUUGAGGGUGUGCUGUGGACAGGACGGCCACCAGCGGAGACGAGAUUAUGAGGUGGAGAUGAUGGUGCAGCUCAUUUUGAUUAUGGUCAUCGCCUCCAUCUGCUGGUGCCCCUUACUGGUGUUUAUUGCACAGACUGUGCUGUCGGGCAGCAAGCUCGAGGUCCGCUACCUUCUUCUCUGGCUUCGUUUUGCCACGGGGAACCAGGUCUUGGAUCCCUGGGUGUACAUCCUAUUCAGACGUUCCAUACUGAAACGCAUUUAUCCACGGAUGGACUGGUCCCGCGGCUCCAUCGUGUCCCUGUACCCGUCUCUCCGGAAGCUCACGCGUGGAUCAUUGGGAGGAACGCUCGGGCAUUCGCAGCAUGGACCGGAGAAUCUGGACGGAUUCAGACAAGGUGAACCUUCAAUGGCGGAAAGCACCUCAGCGUCUUAAAUAAUGAACAAAUCCUUGAAGUCCUCCACUUGACUAGCGCAUGAAUAGUUAACUAGAAUAUUGUUAUUGUUUGCGUGCUGGUUUGCCCUGUUCUGGAGAUAAACACAUUUACACUGUAGUGUGAGGAACAGAAAUCAGAUGUUGUUGUUGACAUCUGGUCUGGAUCAAGUUCAAGAUUCUCCAGGGACACUUCUUAGUAAUGUGCUCGGCCUCUGGCGAUUUGGAUGGAGAUGCGACUCGAUUUGACAACAGGCUUGGCCGAGCUUUUGGAAUGGCAGAUCUGGAGUCAUUCAAAAUGUACACAUUGGCCAACCAACAUUUAUGCCAUUGUAAAAUGUUAAAGUUUUGCCGAACGACUCAUUUCAGUUAUUCUGCCCAGCGCUGGCUUACUUCCCAAACAUAUAGGCUACACUCCUUACACUCGCUGAUCCACAAAGAUUGAGGAAAUUCAUUCUACAAAAUGCUGGAUUUUUUCAACCCACGGUUGGGUAAGAUAUGAACAAACCCAACUGCUGUUUAAAUGAACCUAGAAAAUAUCUUUAUUUGGGAGAUUCUCACGAAACCACUGAAACAUCGAAUUAUAAAACUGAGUUAUAAAACAUACAAUUAGGUAACACUAAAAAAUUAUCGUAAUGAAGAUAAUUGAGUUCUCUACUUUGGACAUUAAUUUUAAUGUAUUUAAUCUAUUCUCCUGAUCACAACGCGUCCCGAUUUGUGUGCAUUAUAUAUGUUAUUUAAAAAAAAAAAAUUAGUCUAAAUAAAAUAUUGUGAAGUAAAAAAAAAUCUACUACACUAGAUGUUAUUAAAUAACAAAAUAAUGAUUGAAUAUUCAUGUAUAACAGAAAUGAAGAAAUAGUGGAAGAAAUAAGUGUCCAAGACUGAUAUUCUCAUCCCCCGUAAUGUUUUUUAUAGACCUAAAUUAAGUUUGAUAUUAUUUGAUAAGAAAAAAAACAUCUACUAACACAAAGAAACGGUAAUUUACAGUCUUUUUCUGUAAUUAUUUUACUGAUAUUCCAGGUCAAAUAAAAAUUGUGCUGUUUUUUUUAACAUAUUUUUAAAUGUACCCCCAAAAUGUACAUUUUCAGAAAAAGACCACAAAUGUAUAAGAUAAACAGGGGAAUUUUCUUUUACUGGGAAAAAAACGUUAUUUUACAGCAUAUUUCUGAUGCCCCAGCUGCCAGAAAAUAUCAGUUUUUUUUAACAAGAGUUUUAUUUUUGCAGUUUAUGUUUGAAAAUACGGUUAAAAACUAUAAAAAUACAGAAAAAUACAACAAAUUUACAAGAAAUUAAAAAAUAUAUAGAUAUGUUAAAAUAUAUCCUAAUAUCCUAUAAUUUUAUAGGAUAUAAGUUUUGAAGUUUUCAAACAGCGAACAAGUUAACAAAUUACUUUGUUUUCUAGUUAAAAAACAACGUUCCCUUCUCAUUACCGAUACAAUUUAUUAUAAUUUAUUUAUAUAAUUUAUUAUUAUGGCAUCAUGGCUUCGCUUGUUUUUAGAAAAACAUGCUAUGAGAUUGACCGUUGUAAAUGGUUACGGUAAUGCAAAUUGUUAAUGCCUUUUUUUCUAAAAUUGUGUUAAACUGUCAGUAAAAGUUUUCAAAUGAAUGCCUUUAAUCAUGUCAUAUCUUGUUUGAAAUUAAUAUAAAGGGAAUUUGUUGAUAUUAGUGUUUUAAAGAAGGUCUUGAAAUCAAGAUUUCGUGAGAAUCAACCAUUCAUAUGCCUAUAUAAAUGAAAACCACACUGUUGGGUUUAUGCACAUUUUACGCAAGCAGAAUAUUUAUAAACAUGUGUGUGCUUUCCAAAAGAUUUAUAUCUGGUCUAGAUGUCUAAACAGGGACACAUUUUUGAGAACACAAGCAGAUAUUUUCUGUUUUUAAUUAUUUUGAAACAAAUUUCUUUCAUAUUGUUCAGUGUUCAAAUUAAACCAGCACUGUCUAGUGACGUUAUUGCUUUAAUAGGGCUUUGUUGUUUGGCCAACCAAAUGCAUUAAUUCAUGUACAUACAUUCAUAUCGCACUUACUUGAUACACAUUUAAAGGCUGAAAUAUAAAAAUGCUCUGUGAUGUGAAUAUUGUUCUUUAUGUAUAAUGAAAUAUGGGGAGCUGUGCUUUCUUUAAGGUCUUAAAGCACUUCAUUGAAAUUUGUUUUAUGUCAUUGGUUUUGUCAACAUGUCAGCAAAGAUCUUGCAUCAGUCUGUAUUUAAGGUAACAGUUCACCCAAAACUAAAAAAAAUCUUUCAUGAUUUAUUCACCCUAGUGUCAAUCGAAACCUGUAUGACUUUCUUCUGCAGAACACAAAAGAAGAUAUUUUGAAGAAUGUUGGUAACCAAACAACACUGAACUCUAUUGACUUCCACUGUAUGGCCACAAAACCCUUGAGACAUUUCUCGAAAUAUCUUCUUUUGUGUUUUAAACGGCAUGAUGACAGGAUCUUUAUUUUGGGCCGGGCUAUCCCAUUAACUCACAUUUGUGUGGAAAGAUUUGCUUUCGGUUAAAUUGUGCAUAAGAUCAUUACCUUAUUUAAAUUAGAAAUGUACCAAUUACAGGAGACAAGACGUGUGUUAUUCUUAAGUGUUUUUAAUCUUUACAUACAUUCAAAUGUCACAACAGCUCAUCUAAAAGGUACACGUACGAUGUAAAACAGGAAGCAUGCUAUACAAAUUCCCCUUUAUAAGAUUUAUAAGUUAAAGCAAACGGUUAUUACAUUGAAAGUAUACACAACGGAUUCGACUGUACCUGGAUUUGAUCAUAUAUUUACACAAACCAUUUAUGUCACAAGAACUAUCAUUAAUCUUAAAAGACAAUUCAUUUUGUAACGCUUGUAACACGUGUUAUAUCUACACAAGUCAUUAAUUCAUUCAAAGCAGAAACAAAGGAAUGAAAAACAAAUGCAUACCUUAUAUAGCCAUACGAUAUGUUUAAAAAUAUUAAUCUCAAUGAAAGUAUUACUCCAAGUCAAAUUUGUUGAUGUGGAAAACACAUAAACGAGUAAGAUGUGUAAUGCAGUUCUUAUUGCUCGACAAGCAAGAAUGUUGGAUUUCAGCCUGGAAUUCCUUGACAUUUUACAUUCUUCAGGACCGGCAUGGGAAUCAGGAGGAUUGUGUACGAAAAUGGCUGACAGACGUCACAAAUCAGCCUGAACCAUCAGAUCCGCUGAAAAACAGACAGUGGGCUUCUGUGAGUUAUCUCAGCUCGGUUUCCAAUACAAAUAUCAUUAUGAAGCAUCAACUGUUUACCAUUAAAACCAUUUUUGAAAUUCCCUA